UUAGCUUAUCUCUCUGCGUAGCUCUUCUGAGUUCUAAGUCCUAACAACAUAAAAUGGAUCACGCUCAUCCCUUGACAAGCGCCGUCCGUCACGACCGGAGCGACGAGGAGGCGGGACCCUUGCGGGCAAAGCAGCUCAGCCGGAAGAAAAACAUCAAAUGCUUUGCUUAUAUUGCUGUCUUUGCCGUGUUUCAGACCAUUAUCAUCCUCGUCUUUGCACUGACAGUGCUUAAGAUCAAGGCUCCCAGUGUAAAGCUCAGUAGUGUUUCCGUUGAGAGUAUCAGCUUGCCCAAUGGAGCCUCCUCUCCCUUCAGAAUGACGGUAACAGCUCAAGUCGCGGUGAAGAAUAAGAACUUCGGUCACUUCAAAUUCGACAACAGCACGGCGACUCUCACCUACCGGAGUGUCACCGUCGGGGAGGCAGUGAUCCCCGAGGCCCGGGCUAAGGCACGAAAGACUAGGAGGAUGAAUGUGACGAUGGAGGUGAGCUCGGAAAGUCUGUCAAUUGAUGGUUCAACUUACCUGAACAGUGACAUCAGAACCGGGAAUUUGACGUUGAACAGCUAUGCCAGGCUGAGUGGGAAGGUGCAUUUGAUGAAGAUAAUGAAGAAACGUAAAACUGCAGAAAUGAAUUGCACCAUUACAGUUAAUUUGGAGAAGCAGACUGUCCAGGAGUUGAACUGCCAGUGAUUUAUACAUGAAUUAGAUUACUUUUUAAACAUUUUAUUUGUUAAUUUUGGGGUUUGGUACGUGUUUGUUUGUUACAUGC